AUGGAGCGGGAGAUUCUCGGCGUCCAACGGGGAGACGGGGUUCCCGCCUCCCCCAAGGGGGGUUCCGCUCCGCCCAGGCCUUCCGCUCCCCCUCCCCCGUCCGCGCGCCCGCAGCUUCGCAGAAGGGACCCAAAUUCCAACCAGAAGUCGAUUUUGGAUGAGCUGGAUGAGCAGGGGUUUGGGCAGCUGAGCGGGGGUGUGGAGGAGUGGGAAGCGGUGAAGUCCGCUAAGAGAGUGGGCGAGUGGCUGGAGGAGAAGACUGUCAAGAAGGAGGGAGAGGAGGGCAUGGCAGGCCCUCCUCUUGGAUUCAGCCUUGUGCUGCUUCUGGGAAUCUUCCCCGUCUGGCUUUUCCUGGUGCUAGUGGCAGGGGGGUGGGUGGAGCUGCCAUCGCAAUUAUCCUCGUUACAAGAUCUCCUCACUACCCCCUAG